AUGUCUAAGAAGAAGGGCAAUAAAAAAAAAGUUAAAUUGGACGAUGAUUUCGAAGAAACAAAGAAUAUACUUGAAACAUCCGAUAUAACCUCAAAAAGUAAGGGAAAAGGUAAAAAGAAGAGCAAGGCUCUUAAUGAUUUUAGUGAUGGAGAAGAUGGAGAUAAUUUAAAGAAAGCCCAGUUAUCAGACGAAGAAGAUUUGCCCAAACCAGUGAAAAAGUCGCAAAAGAAAGCUAAAAAAAACAUAGAACAAUUAUCAGAAGAUGAAAAUGAUGACAAGUCAGCAAAAAGCAGUGCAACCUCUACAGCUAAUAAAAGUUUGUCUAAACAAAGCAAGAAAAAGAAAGGUAAAGGAAAGAAAGAUGAUUGGUCAGAUGAUAAUAGUGAUAUUGAACUUAAGGAAGAGGAACCUGAGGAAGAAGUUGUAAAACCUGUUACUAAAAAGAAAGGUAAAAAUAAAAAGAAAGUAGCAGUAGCUGAAUCAUCGGAUGAUGAGGAUCUGGAAGAUUCUAAGUCAAUUGUGAGCAAUGUUUCAAGUAACGCACAAUCAGUUAAAUCGAAAAGCAAAAAAGGCAAAGAUAAAAAAGAUGAUUGGCCCGACGAAGAGAGUGACAAAGAAUUGAAAAUGGAAUCUGAAGAUGAAAAAGAUGUUUUAAAACCUAUUGUGAAAAAAGGAAAACAUAGAAAGAAAAACAAUAUUGAUGAUAUAGAGGAAGAGCUCAAGAAGUUUGAGAUUAAAGAAGAGGAACCAGAAGAACAGGAAGAAAAGGUUGAAGAAAAAACUGAAAAGAAAUUGAGUCACAAAGAAAAGAAGAAGUUGAAAAAGCAGCAGGAAUAUGAGAAACAAAUGGAGUUAUUGACAAAGAAGGGUGGUCAAGGACAUAGCGAGUUAGACGCUAACUUUACAGUUAGUCAGGCACAGAAAACAGCUGGUCAAAUGGCAGCUCUAGAAAACGCCGUGGACAUUAAAGUGGAGAACUUCUCUAUUAGCGCUAAAGGUCAAGAUCUGUUCGUAAAUGCUACUCUAUUGAUAGCAAAUGGUCGUAGAUAUGGUCUUGUAGGGCCGAACGGUCACGGCAAGACUACUUUGUUAAGGCAUCUAGCACAACGUGCCUUCCCUCUCCCUCCCCAUAUAGAUAUACUGUUGUGUGAGCAGGAGGUCACCGCUAGUGAUAUGAGUGCAGUUGAUACACUAUUAGAAUCUGAUGUCAAAAGAACAGAACUGCUAAAGGAGUGUAAGGAAUUGGAAGCGGAUAUUGAGAAUGGUGAUCUUAAAAAGCAAGAUAGAUUGAAUGAGGUGUAUGCCGAGUUGAAGGCUAUAGGUGCGGAUUCUGCGGAACCACGUGCUCGUCGUAUUCUCGCUGGUUUAGGGUUCAGCAGAGAAAUGCAGGAUAGGGCUACCAAGAACUUUUCUGGAGGUUGGAGGAUGAGAGUCUCCCUCGCCAGAGCUCUAUACAUUGAACCGACGCUGUUACUUCUCGAUGAACCUACAAAUCAUUUAGAUCUGAAUGCCGUUAUUUGGUUGGACAACUACUUACAAGGAUGGAAGAAAACAUUAUUAGUUGUUUCCCACGACCAGUCAUUCUUGGAUAACGUUUGUAACGAAAUAAUACACUUGGAUCAACAGAAACUGUUGUAUUAUAAGGGAAAUUACUCAAUGUUCAAGAAAAUGUACGCACAAAAGAGAAAGGAAAUGAUAAAAGAGUAUGAGAAACAGGAAAAGCGUUUGAAGGAAAUGAAGGCGCAUGGAACAUCUAAGAAGGCUGCUGAGAAGAAACAGAAGGAAGCGUUAACGAGGAAACAAGAGAAGAAUAGAAGUAAGUCUCAAAGGGAAGAAGCGGAAGAUGGGGCGCCGCCGGUCACUCUGUUACAGAGACCCAAGGACUACCUCGUCAAAUUUUCCUUCCCAGACCCCCCACCACUACAACCGCCUAUACUGGGAUUGCACAAUGUGGAUUUCUUCUUCCCUGGUCAGAAGCCUUUAUUCCGGGAGGUGGACUUCGGUAUCGAUCUGAACUCUCGUAUAGCUAUCGUUGGUCCCAACGGUGUGGGAAAAUCAACCUUCCUCAAACUUCUUGUGGGUGAAUUGAGUCCAAUCAGAGGGGAUUUGAUUAGGAACCAUCGUUUGAGGAUAGGUCGUUUCGAUCAGCAUUCAGGAGAGCACCUCACAGCCGAGGAGUCUCCUGUGGAGUAUCUUCAGAGACUGUUCGGUCUCCAGUAUGAGAAGGCGAGGAAGGCCCUCGGUACAUUCGGGCUCCAGAGCCACGCUCACACCAUCAAGAUGAAGGAUCUCAGCGGAGGUCAGAAGGCCAGGGUCGCGCUCGCAGAGUUGACCUUGAUGGCGCCCGAUGUUAUUAUUUUGGAUGAACCUACGAACAACUUGGAUAUUGAGAGUAUAGACGCUUUGGCGGAGGCGAUCAACGCUUACAAAGGCGGAGUGGUGAUUGUGUCUCACGACGAACGACUUAUACGGGAGACGGACUGCGCUCUAUACGUUAUAGAGGACCAGACUAUUAACGAGGUUGACGGUGACUUCGACGAUUAUCGCAAAGAACUCCUGGAGAGUCUUGGAGAGACGAUCAACUCACCUUCUAUCAUCGCUAACGCGGCCGUACAACAAUAG